UUGUGUUAUGAAAAGUAACCUCUACUCACUCCCUUUUCGUUUUUUUUAAUUUAUUUAUUUUAUUUUUUCCUUGAAGACUAGAAUCGUGUGAUUAACUUACCCUAAUCCGGAAACACGCAUAAUAAACAAAUAGAAUGAAUAUUCAUCGCGUCUAAAUGUACGGAAGUAAACAGGCGGGGCUUUACCUGUCCUUGUGUUGGAAACAGACUAAAAGGUUGGAAAGUCCGAUUCGUUAUUCCGCGUUUUUAUUCUUUUGUAUGGUUCGUGUACACUUCAUCUAAACCGUUCAGACCGAUUUUGUGAAUUAUUUCAACUGAUUCUUUGAAAAUAUUCAACUUAAAAGAACGAUUUGUUCAACAUCAAACCAACGUGUCAUUCUACUGUGUAACGGAAACGACUUUGAAGCUGAUAUGAAGGACCGUCUGGGCGAUUUAACAGCCCGCUGCGAUGACGUCAUCAUCACUCCUGUGGAGUCCAAUGCUUUCCUAGAGGACUUCCUUCCAAAGGUUGGUGACGUUCAAAAACUUAUUGAGAGAAUUUCCCUCUGUGUUGGAGAAGUAAAGCUGAGGCAAAGUACCAUUCUGACAGAAAUCAACCCACCGACAUAUGUGAGAGAUGAACUUGAGCAAUUUAGCCAUGACAUCAAGCAGACUGCAGAUUUAAUACGGGAUAAACUAAAAGAUUUAGAGGGAGCAUUUUCAGAGAAUGAAAAUGCAAACACCAUCUCUGUCUAUUGUCGCAUCCAAAGUACUCAGCACACAGUACUUUCACUGCGGUUUGCAGAAAUAAUGAAUAUGUACAACCAAGAACUGUUAUCUUUCCGAACAAAGAGUAAAGAGCAGCUACAAAGACAGCUGGAGAUCAGUGGUAGAUUCAUCACUGAAGAGGAGACAGAGGAUUUACUGCAAAGUAACAACCCCGCUUUCUUUACCUCAAACAUCAACAAUGGCUCCUGCAUCACGGGGCGAGCUCUGAAUGAGAUUGAGUCACGGCAUAAGGACAUUCUCUGUCUGGAGGCCAGCAUUCGAGAGCUGCAAAACAUGUUUAUGGAUAUAGCUGUCUUAGUCAACAGUCAGGGUGAAAUGGCAAACAACAUAGCAAAGACUGUGAUGAAAGCUGGAAACUAUGUAGAUCAAGGGAAAGUGAACAUGGCACAAGCUGUUGAUUACAAGACAUCUUGGCGUAUAAGAUUGCCUCCCUUGCCUUCAUUCAAGCACAAAGCAAAACCGAGAACCGACAAGGGCUCUUGAAGGAAUCUUGAACUUUGAACAUAUGCUACUUGAAGGUGCUUUGCUUUUACUUAAAAAAUUCAUAACUGAAAGUGAAAGUUGUGUUUAUAUGUGCAGUGGCCAGUUAAUACGCUUAGAACCGGAGAAAGCCACCACUAUAUCACUGGAGCUAGCCUGAGCACAAUUGCCGUUUUUGCUUUGUCCGAACAGAAGAGCUUUUUAGCAAAUUCAGUAAAAAUUCAGUCUCCUUCACCAAUUAGUUUAUAAGACAUAAAUGUAAACAUACACAUCAUGGCACUGCAUGCUGCAAGGAUUUUUUAAAUCCAAUUUUAAAAAUGUUCAGUAGCUGCUGUUGAUUCGGAUUAUUUCAGGUCUACACCAUCCUCUUUCACAUAAUAUUUUUUUAUUAUUAUUAUUAUGUGGAUCAGUUGGUGACUAUUGCUUUUGUGUAACUGAUAGUUCACCCAAAAAUAAUUUCUUCGCCCUAAUGUCAUUUUAUGAAUUACUUUCCUCUAUAGAACAAAUGUUUUUUGUUCACACAAUGGAACACUGGGGUCCAAAACAGCAUUGAUAUUGUUUUGAUUAUUGAUAUUCAUGUAAAAUAUAAACAUAAAAAUAAGAACUGGAGCUAUGUCAUUUCAAAAUCCAAAAGAUGGGUCAUCAAUCUUAAAACCUAUCUGAUAAUGGGGUGGUGAUGGCGCAGUGGAUAAGACACAUCCCUUUGGUGUGAGAUACCCGGGUUCGAAUCCACUGAGAAACCAAUGUGUCACUGAGCGCAAGACACUUAACCCCUAGUUGCUCCAGAGGCAUGUGACCUCUGACAUAUAUAGCAAUUGUAAGUCGCUUUGGAUAAAAGUGUCAGAUAAAUGAAUAAAUGUAAAUGUAAUAAUGUCCUGUAUUAGAUGGUUAACCACAAUUGAAUGCAUAUUGUGUAGAAUACUACAGAAUGGACUUGCAGGUGUUUACAGUUUUUUUUUUUUUUAUUGCUUUGGCUCUUUUUUUUCUCAAAACGAUAAGUUCAGAUCUCUGAUGUUUUGAAUUUAUUAUUAAAUAGUACAAAAUG